AUGUUCUUUGUUACAGAAGAGGAAGAGGAACAGGUGCCUACCGAUGGAGGUACAUCUGCAGAGGCCAUGCAGGUGCCACUGGAAGAAGAGGGAGAUAUGGAAGAGGAUGAGGCAAUUAAUGAUGAGAACUACUUGAGCAAGAGACCGUUAGAAAGUCCUGAUGCUGAGGAAUUUCCACCUGUGAAACGGCCAAAACUAUCUGUUUCCAAAGGGGACACCUUGGAUGGAGCUUUGGAACCACGUGAGCCUCUUAGCUCAAUAAAUACUCAAAAAGUACCACCAAUGCUUUCUCCAGUUCAUGUUCAGGACAGUGCAGACUUAGCCCCUCCUUCACCAGAACCACCAAUGUUGGCUCCCAUUGCAAAAUCACAAGUGCCAGCCCCCAAAACUUUAGAGGCAAAGCCGUUUGUACCCAAAACGAAGUCCAAAACAAGUUCUCCAGGACAGAAGACAAAAUCACCUAAAACUACACCCUCACCAGUGGUAACUGGAAGUCCCAUACGUUCACCAAAAACUGGAUCCAAAGAGAAAAAGUCACCAGGUCGCGCCAAGAGCCCAAAAAGUCCUAAAAGUCCAAAGGUUCCUGCUCACGUUCCCCAACCACCUGUCAAGCCUGAAACACCAAGUAGAACCCCUCUGGCUGCAUUAAGUGACAAGAUAGGAAAGGAAAACAUUCAAGUAAAACAAGUACAGACACCACCUGAGCCUGUCACCAAGCCAAAUGUUGAAAACCAGACUAAGAAAGUACCAGUAAUGGACAAGACCAUUGAUGAUUCAAUCGAUGCUGUGAUUGCUCGUGCAUGUGCAGAACGAGAACCGGAUCCCUUUGAGUUUUCCUCUGGUUCUGAAUCAGAAGGGGAAAUUUUUACCAGUCCUAAAAGACUUUCUAUUUCAGAGACUACGACUCCUAAACCUUCUGUUUCUGCCAAUAAUGCAAAUAAGGCAGGAGCAACUCCAAUACCUCCCUCAGGUGGGACUUCAAGUUCAGACAUUUCAUGGACAAUGGAUGACUCAAUUGAUGAGGUCAUUCGAAAGGCAAACAUGGGGACACCUUCUAAUCCACCUACCAACUUCACUUAUUUCUCCUCUCCUUCUGCUUCUCCGCCAACUCCAGAACCUCUUCUCAAAGUCUAUGAGGAGAAAACCAAGUUGGCUUCAUCAGUAGAAGUGAAAAAGAAAUUGAAAAAGGAGCUGAAGACAAAAAUGAAGAAGAAAGAAAAACAAAAGGAAAAAGAUAAAGAGAAAAACAAGGAGAAAAACAAGGAGAAGGAAAAGAACAAGGAGAAGGAUAAAGACAAGGAAGGAAACAAGGAAGCAAAAUUUCAGUGGAAGGAACUCCUCAAAGAUGAUGAUCUUGAUCCCUAUAAAUUCAAACUAAAGGACUUUGAGGAUGCUGACACAAAAGUAAAGUUGAAAGAUGGCAAUACCAAAAAAGAGAGAGAAAAACAUAAAGAUAAAAAGAAAGAGAAAGAGAAAGGCAAAAAAGACAAGGAUAAGAAAGACAAAGAGAAACUUAAAGAUAAGGCUAAGGAAGAUAAGAUAAAGGCUCCAUCAGCACCUCUUGUGUUACCUCCCAAAGAAAUGUCUUUGCCCUUGUUCAGCACACCAACUGCCAUGAGGCUUCCCAGCAUGUUACCUUCCUUGUCUCCAAUGCUUCCUGAAAAACUGUUUGAGGACAAAGAGAAACCAAAAGAGAAGAAGAAAGACAAAAAAGAGAAGAAGAAGAAGAAAGAAAGGGAGAAGGACAAAGAAAAGGAAAAGAAAGAGAAGGAAAAGGAGAGGAAAGAAAGAGAAAAGAAAGAGAAAGAAAAAGAAAAACACAAACAUGAAAAGAUAAAGGUGGAACCAGUUGUUCCAGCUCCAUCACCGGUUAUUCCUCGGCUGACAUUAAGAGUGGGUGCAGGCCAAGACAAGAUAGUCAUCAGCAAAGUGGUGCCAGCUCCAGAGGCCAAACCUUCUACUCCUGUGAGCCGGCCCAAAACACCUCCACCCGUGCCGUCACCGGUACCAGCUCCGGUUCAUGUCACCCCUCCUCCAGCUCCAGCUCCUCCUCCUCCACAGGCUACCGUCUCACCAGUCCUCAUCCCACCACCCUCUCCAGCCGUCUCGGCAGCAGGAGGUUCCAAAGCUCCAGUUAGGAGCGUGGUGACCGAGACCGUCAGUACUUACGUGAUCCGAGACGAGUGGGGUAACCAGAUCUGGAUCUGUCCUGGCUGUAACAAGCCAGAUGAUGGCAGUCCAAUGAUAGGUUGUGAUGACUGCGAUGAUUGGUAUCACUGGCCUUGCGUUGGGAUUACGACUGCACCCCCAGAAGAGAUACAAUGGUUCUGCUCCAAGUGUGCCAAUAAAAAGAAAGAUAAAAAACACAAGAAGAGGAAGCACAGGGCACACUGAAGAAGACUUUGCAACGGACUGAAGUCGUGCGGGCGCCGCGGCGCCUUCGGCCCCGACUCCCUUGCAGCGUCCAGCGUGCUCGUGUCUCACCCUCCGUCACCGGCUGUUAGGGUUAUGGCUCUGGAGUGAAUCAGGGGAGAGGAGAUGCUCUCUGUCAGGGGCUGUUGCGGUUUCGCAGACCGUCCGAGCCCAGGGGGUUGGAUUUUGGUACAUUCUGAUUCUGUCUUUCGCCUACCGAGGGAAAUUUGCACAGAGCGAUAUGAAGACUUCGGUAGUUCAUGGUACCGCUCCCGCUCCUGUGGCUCGGCAGCAACAAAGAUGAAUGUUGUAAAUACAGAUAUCUGUCCUAUUCUUUCUCAAUUUGUUAUUGAUCCCUCCUGAACCUUUGCAAUAAGGUGCUGGGAGGAGGAGAAAAUGUAAAUUGCAGUUAAGUUGUAAACUGAGGAGACCUUCUGGAAUGAUUUCUGUAGUCUGGAUACAGUUCAGCCUCUACUCCUGCUGAGCCAGAUAAUCAUAAUGUGGAAAUAAAAAGUGGCUGGUAAAUAUUUUUGUGACAAGAAUAUAUGAAGCUUUUUUCCUUGAUUUUUAGUACUAACAUAAAAUAAACACAUUCAAGCUUUUGUGAUA